AUGGGGUCUCCCUCCGCCAGAUUCGGUCAGGCACUCCCAGCCUUCGUCGGGGCUCGGCAUCAACGAAGACAGACCGACUAUGGCUUUUCUCCACGAAAGGGGCUGACGCUAGCCGUUUUGGUUGCCAACUUUACUGCGUUUUCUACUUACCUGUGUGCUUCCGGUCUACCAGGCCGGGUAAGCGAGGAAACCUCCAGUUGCGAGCCUACCGACAACGGAACGAAGUGCACGUGCCAUGCGAGUGACACAUCCUCUGAGGCGAAGUCGCUCACCGCAGCUCUCUCGCAGAAGAAAAACCUCCUGGAAGUGGUUUGCAAAAGUCCCCUAGCUCCCGCGCCAGCUGCACUUGCCGGCGCGCUUGUUUGUGCAGCAGGUGCUGAUUGCCUCACAGAGUGUACGGCGGUGAAAUCUCCUUCCUGCAUCGACGUCGUUUCGCUUCUUUCUGGAACGCGGGAAAACGUGAAGUGGAAGAGCAAUCCCGAGGAAGUCCGAGAUGUAGAGCAAUCCAAAACCCUCACCAUUCCAUUUGAAAACUUUCCUUACACCGACGGGCAUUUCUUCGUUGGUUGCACAGACAAGAACACAACCACCAAAUGUACCGUGGCUGUGACGGUGGAGGCCAGAGUGAGCACGACAGCUGGACAGAUCGUCACAUGUGCUUACGGCGCCGGCAGCAAUCUAUCGCAUCAAGCCGUGACGCUGAGCCAAUCACAGAACAGCUUCACUUUGGUGUGCGGAGAGGAAGGAGAAGUCCUACCAACCAAAUACGAGACGGCGUAUUGCUCUGCGGAUGCCGGCGCCGACUGCAGUGAAGACUACAAGUCUGUUAUUCCCGCGUACGAAAGAAGUUGGUGGGCAAAAAACAACGAUGGUCGUUCUUUUACUCUUUCGGUUCCGGUCGACAAGUUCCCGACAGAUCAGACGAAGAUUGUGGUUGGCUGUCGAUAUAAGGGGGAUUCAAAGGGCAGCAAGAACUCUGACAAAGAUGCCUCAGGCCCGACGGUCUGUAGCGUCGACGUCACUAUCGAGGCCAGCGCGUCUGCCGCGAUGACGGUGAGAUCGAUUGAUGCGUUCACUUUGCUUGUGGUGGUAGGUAUUUUGACCUCAUUCGCUCGUGUGAUGUGA